AUGAUUAUAACAAAAGUUGAACGUGGAUCAGUAGCGGAACAAUUGCUGCAAUUUGGUGAUAUAAUUACAAAUAUUGAUGAUAAGAAAAUUGAAUCACGAAAAGAAUUUGAAGAAUUGAUAGCAGAAUUGAGCAAAAAUGAUUGCAAUGUUUACGUGACACGUGUGAUUGAGCAUACAUUAGCAGGAAUGAGUUUAGCAAAAGGUGAUGCAAUCUUAGACGUUGAUUCGAUUCCGGUUACUACAGUUUCUGAUACAUCCAAUAUUAUUUGCGCUAAUUUACGGAAAAACGGUUAUGCAACUUUAGUAAUUGAACAGCCAAAUGAUCCAUUAGCAACAGCACAUGUUCGUCUAGCGCUAAUGGCCGAAAAAUCGAUGGAAAUAGAUCUACCACUUGCGCCUGAUGUAAUCGAUAUCUGUCAACAAGAAUAUAAACGCAUGAAACGAGAUCCUGAUUUAAAACCAAAUCAAAAUAUUUUAAAAACUCAGAGGCAAGCUUUUUGCAAACAUUCAAAUAUCAUUCAAGAAAUAUAA